AUAUUUUGUUAAUAGCAUAUUAGUUGAAACAAAAUUAUAUUUUUUGGGAGGUUGGAGUAAAAAUCCUGAUGGCACAGAGAGUUGCCAAAAUAGUGUGUUCUAUUUAGAUCUUUCUGCACCGUUUGACACGCGAAAUAAUACACCAUGGACAGACCUUACGUCUACUGCUAGCAUUCCGGUAAGUACUUGCUGGCAAGUUAGCGCUUUGGGUGGUCCAGACAACUCUAGUAUAUACGCGUUUGGAGGCAUGAUGGUAGAUGAGAGUAAGAAUAUGUUAUUUUGUCAUGCGGUUAGGGAACCUGGCACAGAAUUAUUAAAUAUUAGUCAAUUAGAUGGCAUGUGCCACAGCAAUGCUGCCUAUGAUUAUCAUGCCAGGUUCCUUACAUGCGAUAUCACGCUUAGUGUUAAUACAGUGGUAUACGAAUUUAACACAAAAACUCAACAGUGGAACACACCAAAUAUUUCAGGAACUCUACCAAAAAGACGAAAGGAAAUUCAGAUUGUACAGGACAAUUCAGGCAAAGUGUAUAUGUUUGGAGGAUUGGCUAAUCCUUCAACAGGUUCUACGAAUACAAAAUGGUUCAACGAUAUGAACAUUUUAGAUAUCAUUGAAAUGUCUUGGUCGAAAGUUUCAAAUUUCAAAAAUAAUACACCUCCACUACAAGCUGAUUUCACCGCCACCAUGCUGAAUAAUUCAGUCACCGUAUAUAUAGGUGGAAGACAGACUACUUCAGCAUCAGGGAAGACUAAAAGUUAUAUUAGUAUGGAAAAGAUUUGGACAUAUGAUACUAAGAAUGCGUCUUGGACAUUAGUCACUACGAUUGGAGAUGUUCCUGGUGUUCGUAUAGGCCAUUCUGCGGUUUUAGCGUUAGAUGGUCGAAUCAUUGUAUUUGGUGGAUAUGGCCAAAAUUCAUCUCCUGCCGAUCCUCAGCUUGCCGUUCUCGACACUUCAACCUCACCAUUUCAGUGGUCACUUCCUAAUGUCUCUAAUCCUAUUCCGCCAGCAUUAGCUUAUCAUUCUGCCACUUUAAUAGGCGAUCUGAUGAUAGUAGCAUUUGGAAAUAUCACACAACAGACAUCAACAACGUCCGGCGCAACAUCUGACAUAUAUAUCCUUAACACUAAUGACUAUACAUGGGUUACUUCUACUGACACCAAAAUUCUUUCAUCUUCUCCAAUCAAUGACACGACACCAACCGAAAAUCCUUCUCCAACUUCAACAGUUUCAACAACUUCAACAACCACACAAGACUAUACGACACAAACACCUUCAACCACGAUUAUUUCGGCUCCAGAAAAUGGUGUUAUAUCACCUCAUACGGCAAUGAUAUUAGGUGUAUCGAUUGGAUCUCUUAGCUCUGUAGUCGUUAUAGCUAUUUUUGUUUUAUUAUUUGCACGUUGGAGAAAGUUCAAACAAAUGUAUAGGAAUAAGGAAGUCUACCCUGGUAUAUUAGAUACUAAUUCUACGACUUACCUUCAAUAUAAAUAA